AUGUCAUACUACAACAGAUACAAGAACAAGAGAAGACAGAAUGGAGGAGGUGGCCCAGGUGGUAACAACAACAACGGCAACAAGGGUCCUGACGGUAGCGAUCCGAACACGCUGGGUUUGCUGGGCAACCAGCAGGCAGACGCAGUGUUUGAUCUGGGGAAGAACAAGCGGGUCACUGUGAGACAGUUCCGGAAUAUCAACUUGAUCGAUAUCAGAGAGUACUACAUGGACAAUUCUACAGGUGAGAUGCGUCCCGGGAAGAAAGGGAUCUCUUUGACGGAGGACCUGUACGAUGAGUUGCUGAAACACAGACUGAAUAUCGACGAUGCCUUAAGAAGGUUUGGAUCCAGGAGACCUAGAACCAAGACUGUCCGAUUACUAUCCGACGAUGAAGACGACGACGACGAUGCCGAUGAUGGGGACAAAGAGAAUAAAAAGAAUGAGAAGAAGAGCAGUAAGGACAGCGAUAAGAACAAAGCUGGCGGUGAUAGUAACGAUAAAAAUGCUACCGCAACAGCAACUGGUGAUAAUGGUAAGCCUACAAAGAAACGGACCAGAGAGAAGGACAUGAAAGAAGGCGAGGAGAUCGAAGUCAAAUCCAGAAAACAGAAGGUGGCUCCACCUACUUUACUACUGCACGAAGAGACAAUCGCAAACGCCAAGAGAGAGGCAAAUGCUACAUUGGUGAUCCCUAGUCUCCCUAAGGCUCCCGAAGUCAAGGCUCCCGAGGCUAAGGCUCCAGAGCCAAAACCCGAGCAAACUGCUGCCGCUACUGUCCCAGAGGUCAAAGCUGACGAGCCUGCCCCUCAACUGACGGAAUCCCCAGCGGUUGCUCCAGUUCCUGAGACUCAAGAUAACAGGGACAACAAUUCCAGCGAUGGCGAAAGCCUCGAGGCGGAGAUGAACAAGAUCUUCGACGAGGUCAGCGAAGAGGAGUAG